GCCCGGCAGCAGCGGCGGCGGCUCCCCCCUCUCCCGGCCCCCCGUCCGGCAGCCCCGGUCUCGGCUCCCGCGGGGGACACCAUGUACUGGCUGGCGGCGCAGGGAGGCCGGCGCCCGGCGGGGAUGUUGGGUUAACGGCAUGGAGAACAGUCACCCCCACCACCACCACCAGCAGCCCCCGCCGCAGCCCGGCCCUUCGGGCGAGAGGAGGAACCACCAUUGGAGAAGUUACAAGUUGAUGAUUGACCCGGCUCUGAAAAAGGGACACCAUAAACUGUACCGCUACGAUGGGCAGCAUUUCAGCCUGGCGAUGUCCAGCAACCGCCCGGUGGAAAUUGUCGAAGAUCCCCGGGUGGUCGGGAUCUGGACCAAAAACAAGGAGCUGGAGCUGUCGGUGCCCAAAUUCAAGAUCGAUGAGUUCUACGUGGGCCCGGUGCCUCCGAAGCAGGUGACAUUUGCCAAGCUGAACGAUAACAUCCGCGAAAACUUCCUGAGGGACAUGUGCAAGAAGUAUGGGGAAGUGGAGGAAGUGGAGAUUUUGUACAACCCCAAGACCAAGAAGCACUUGGGCAUUGCCAAGGUGGUCUUUGCCACGGUCCGGGGAGCCAAGGAGGCGGUUCAGCACUUGCAUAGCACUUCGGUCAUGGGCAACAUCAUCCACGUGGAGCUGGACACCAAAGGGGAAACCCGCAUGCGGUUUUACGAGCUGCUGGUCACGGGCCGGUACACACCCCAGACCCUCCCGGUGGGCGAGCUGGAUGCUGUCUCUCCCACCGUGAACGAGGCCCUGCAGUUGUCUGAUGCUCUGAAGCGCCUCAAGGAUGGUGGCCUCUCUACCGGCUGUGGCUCUGGCUCCUCCUCUGUCACCCCAAAUAGUGGUGGGACACCCUUCUCCCAGGACACCGCGUACUCCAGCUGUCGCCUGGACACACCCAACUCCUAUGGGCAGGGCACGCCGCUCACGCCGCGCCUGGGCACCCCCUUCUCGCAGGAUUCCAGCUACUCCAGCCGCCAGCCCACACCCUCUUACCUCUUCAGCCAGGACCCCACGGUGACCUUCAAGACCCGGCGCCACGAGAGCAAGUUUACGGAUGCCUACAACCGCCGCCACGAGCACCAUUAUGUCCACAACUCCUCCGCGGUCCCUGUGGUGGCCGGGGCCACAGCCGCCUUCAGGGGCUCCGUGGACCUCCCGUUUGGGGCAGUCAGCAGUGGGGCGGGCGGUGGCCCUCCGUUCAAGGCCCAGCCCCAGGACUCAGCCACGUUUGCCCACACUCCGCCGCCCGCCCAAGCGACCCCCGCUCCCGGAGUCACAUUCAAGUCUGCUUUCUCUCCCUAUCAGACUCCUGUGCCCCCUUUCCCCCCACCCCCCGAGGAGCCCGCCGCCGCCACCGCCACCACCACCACCGCCUUUGGGGCCCGUGACAGCGGGGAGUUCCGGAGAGCCCCUGCGCCCCCGCCCCUGCCGCCCACCGAGCCCCGGACCAAGGAGAAGCCGGGCACGCCGCCCGGCCCCCCGCCCCCCGACGCCAACAGCAUGGAGCUGGGUGGCCGGCCAACCUUCGGCUGGAGCCCCGAGCCCUGCGACAGCCCGGGCACACCCACGCUGGAGUCGUCGCCCGCAGGGCUGGAGAAGCCCCACGACAGCCUGGACUCGCGCAUCGAGAUGCUGCUGAAGGAGCAGCGAACCAAGCUGCCCUUCCUCCCGGAGCAGGACUCGGACACGGAGCUGCAGAUGGAGGGCAGCCCCAUCUCCUCCUCCUCCUCCCAGCUCUCCCCGCUGGCGCCCUUCGGCACCAACUCCCAGCCGGGCUUCCGAGGCCCCACGCCCCCUUCCUCGCGCCCCUCCAGCACCGGCCUGGAGGACAUCAGCCCCACGCCCCUGCCAGACUCGGAUGAGGACGACGAGCUUGACCUGGGGCUGGGACCCCGACCCCCACCCGAGCCAGGCCCCCCAGACCCCACCGGUCUUCUGGGCCAGACAACUGAGGUGACCUUGGACCUGGCUGGAGACAGGACCCCAACCUCAGAGAAGAUGGAUGAGGGCCAGCAGUCCUCGGGUGAGGACAUGGAGAUCUCGGAUGACGAGAUGCCCUCAGCCCCUAUCACCAGUGCCGACUGUCCCAAGCCCAUGGUGGUGACCCCAGGGUCGGCGGCUGUGGGAGGCCCCUCUGUGCUGGCCCCGAACCUGCCGCUGCCCCCACCCCCUGGCUUCCCACCACUGCCCCCACCCCCGCCGCCACCUCCACCACAGCCUGGCUUCCCCAUGCCCCCACCUCUGCCGCCCCCGCCGCCCCCGCCACCCCCGGCCCACCCAGCCGUGUCGGUGCCCCCGCCACCUCUGCCGGCGCCACCCGGCGUCCCACCCCCACCCAUCCUGCCACCUCUGCCACCCUUCCCGCCCGGGCUGUUCCCCGUGAUGCAGGUGGACAUGAGCCACGUGCUGGGCGGCCAGUGGGGCGGCAUGCCCAUGUCCUUCCAGAUGCAGACACAGAUGCUGAGCCGUCUGAUGACUGGCCACGGCGCCUGCCCCUACCCCCCCUUCAUGGCUGCUGCGGCCGGGCUGCAGUUUGUCAACCUGCCCCCCUACCGGAGCCCCUUCUCCCUGGGCAACGCGGGCCCGGGGCGUGGGCAGCCCUGGCCACCCCUGCCCAAGUUCGACCCAUCAGUGCCGCCACCAGGCUACAUGCCACGCCAGGAGGACCCCCACAAGGCCACCGUGGACGGCGUCCUGCUGGUGGUGCUCAAGGAGCUGAAGGCCAUCAUGAAGCGCGACCUGAACCGCAAGAUGGUGGAGGUGGUGGCCUUCCGGGCCUUCGACGAGUGGUGGGACAAGAAGGAGCGGAUGGCGAAGGCCUCGCUGACCCCGGUGAAGUCGGGCGAGCACAAGGACGAGGACCGGCCGAAGCCCAAGGACCGCAUCACCUCGUGCCUGCUGGAGUCGUGGAGCAAGGGCGAGGGCCUGGGCUACGAGGGCCUGGGCCUGGGCAUCGGGCUGCGCGGGGCCAUCCGCCUGCCCUCCUUCAAGGUCAAGAGGAAGGAGCCCCCGGACACGGCCACGUCCGGAGACCAGAAGCGGCUGCGGCCCUCGACCUCCGUGGACGAGGAAGACGAAGAGUCGGAGCGCGAGCGAGACCGGGACAUGGUGGACGCCCCCUGCGAGCUCGCCAAGCGGGACCCCAAGGGCGUGGGGGUGCGGCGACGGCCGGCCCGGCCCCUGGAGCUGGACAGCGGCGGGGAGGAGGACGAGAAGGAGUCGCUGUCCGUGUCCUCGUCCUCAUCGGCGUCCUCCUCCUCGGGGUCCUCGACGACCUCACCCUCAUCCUCGGCCUCGGACAAGGAGGAGCAGGACAGCACAGAGGAGGAGGAGGAGGAGGAAGAAGAGGAGGAGGAGGAAGCCCCUGGAAGCCAGAUCUCCUCCUCCUCCACCUCCUCCACGUCAGAUAAGGAUGACGACAGCGACGGCCAGGAAGACUCAAAGAACGAUGACGAAGACUUGGCCCCGUCGGAGGCGAGUGACAAGGAGGACGGCGACUCGGAUGCAGAGGAGACGGCGAGCAUCGCCACCCGCAAGGCUGGAGCUGGAUCCUCCAGCGAGAGUUCUGAGUCUUCGGAGUUUGAAUCGAGUUCUGAGUCUUCGUCGUCAUCCUCGGAGGAUGAAGAAGAGCUGGUGGCCGGGGAGGAGGAGGAGGAGGAAGAAGAGGAGGAGGAGGAGGAGGAGGAAGAGGAGGCAACCACAGAUGAGAGCAUGGCUCCCGCCGUUCCCGAUGAGAACUUUGAGGAGGAUGUGGCCACGAGGGCCCCGGUGAUAGAACCCUUGACGGAAGAGGAAGUGGACAUCGAGGCUGAGGACGAAGGCCCUGAGGAGCGGACCCCCACAUUGGAAGAGCCGCCCCUGCCUGUGGGUGUGGAAGAGCCCCCCAAGGAGCCAGGUCUGAACCAGGAAGUGGCCAGGCCACUGUCUCCGGAGCCUCCUGCGAAAGACACGGAGGCCCGCCCCCCGCCAUCCCCGGAGCCCCCCCGAGGGGAGGACCUGGAGGCGAAGCCCGAGCCCCCUGCGCUGCUCUCCUUACCUCUGCAGCCACCGUUGCCGCCCCCUCGACCGCCCCGGCCACCCAGCCCACCGCCUGAGCCCGAGACCCCAGAACCCCCACACCCGCCCGUCCCUCUGGAGCCUCCCCCUGAAGACCAGCCCCCCCGUACGCCAGGCAUCUGUGGCGGCCUGGCCAAGUCGCAGAGCACAGAGACGGUGCCGGCCACCCCGAGCGGGGAGCCCCCGCUGUCGGGGGGCAGCAGCAACCUGUCGCUGAGCUCCCCGCAGGUGCCCGGCAGCCCCUUCUCCUACCCGUCCCAGUCCCCCAGCUUGGGCAGCGGUGGCCUCCCGAGGACCCCCGGCCGGGACUUCAGCUUCACGCCCACCUUCCCCGAGCCCGGCGGGCCCCUGCUCCUGCCCAUCUGCCCCCUCCCCACCGGCCGCCGCGAUGACCGGCCCGGCCCUCUGCCGUCCCAGGUGCUCCUGGAGACGGGCCUGCCGCUCCCUCUGCCCCUGCCCCUGCCCCUGCCCCUGGCUUUGCCUGUACCCGUCCUGCGGCCCCAAACUCGGGCCCCUCCCCAACUGCCGCCCCUGCUGCCCACCCCCCUGGCCUCCUGCCCGCCCCCCAUCAAGAGGAAGCCAGGCCGGCCCCGCCGAUCCCCGCCGGCCUUGCUCUCCCUGGAUGGGUCCUUGGUCCGGCCACCGGGGGCGGCCGCCCUGGGCAGGGACCUUCUGCUCUUGCCAGGCCAGCCACAGACCCCCGUCUUCCCCAGCACCCACGACCCCCGGGCUGUGACCCUGGACUUCCGGAACACGGGGAUCCCAGCCCCCCCACCGCCCCUGCCUCCCCAGCCUCCCCCGCCCCCGCCCCCACCCCCCGUGGAGCCCACCAAGCUGCCCUUUAAGGAGCUGGAGAACCAGUGGCUCUCGGAGGCCAUCCCUCCGGGUCCCCGCGGGCGUGACGAGGUCACCGAGGAGUUCAUGGACCUGGCCAAGGUGCGCGGCUCCUGGCGCCGGCCGCCCAAGAAGCGCCACGAGGACCUGGUGGCCUCGGCCUCGCCCGAGCUCUCCCCGCCGCAGCCCCUCUUCCGGCCCCGGACGGAGUUCGAGGAGAUGACCAUCCUGUACGACAUCUGGAACGGUGGCAUCGACGAGGAGGACAUCCGCUUCCUGUGCGUCACCUACGAGCGGCUGCUGCAGCAGGACAACGGCAUGGACUGGCUCAACGACACCCUCUGGGUCUACCACCCUUCCACCAGCCUCUCUUCAGCCAAGAAAAAGAAACGGGACGAUGACAUCCCCGAGCACGUGACAGGCUGUGCCCGCAGCGAGGGCUUCUACACCAUCGAUAAGAAGGACAAGAUCAGAUACCUCAACAACACCCGCGCCAGCACAGACGAGCCCCCCACAGACACCCAGGGCAUGAGCAUCCCGGCGCAGCCGCACGCCUCCACCCGGGCCGGCUCCGAGCGGCGUUCGGAGCAGCGCCGCCUGCUGUCCUCCUUCACUGGCAGCUGUGACAGCGACCUGCUCAAGUUCAACCAGCUCAAGUUCCGGAAGAAAAAGCUCAAAUUCUGCAAGAGCCACAUUCACGACUGGGGCCUGUUCGCCAUGGAGCCCAUCGCGGCCGACGAGAUGGUCAUCGAGUACGUGGGCCAGAACAUCCGCCAGGUGAUCGCAGACAUGAGGGAGAAACGCUACGAAGACGAGGGCAUCGGGAGCAGCUACAUGUUCCGGGUGGACCACGACACCAUCAUCGACGCCACCAAGUGCGGCAACUUUGCUCGCUUCAUUAACCACAGCUGCAACCCCAACUGCUACGCCAAGGUGAUCACGGUGGAGUCGCAGAAGAAGAUCGUCAUCUACUCCAAGCAGCACAUCAACGUCAACGAGGAGAUCACCUACGACUACAAGUUCCCCAUCGAGGACGUCAAGAUCCCCUGCCUCUGCAACUCCGAGAACUGCCGGGGGACCCUCAACUAGGCCCGGCCCCGCCUCCCCCCAUUUCAGGUGCUGUCCUCUACCCAGCGGCCACGUCAGGGCCUGGCGCCCCAACACUACCCCCAGGACCCCGGCUCCAGCCCUCAGUGGGAAAGGGCUUCUCUGUCCGUCAGCCUGUGUCUUGUCCCGCGAGGACGUGUGUUCGACGCCACGUGAACGCCCCCGUUCCUGUGUCGCUCUCCCCGGCGCGCCAUCUCCCUCUCUCCUGUCUCUUUCCCGUUCUCGUCAUCAGCCUCUUCCCGUGAAUGCUGCUACGUUGUCUUGUCUUCCCUUUAUUCUCUUUCUUGUCAAAAGAAAAGACAUUUUAACCGUUGAAAUGUGAAGGCAGAAUCGGAGAGCGGGGACCCCGGCAGGGGCUGCAGAGGCCUCUGUUUGACGGUGUGUUGACCCACGAGCUGGAGACGCCGGUCCAGGGGGCCGCGCCAGGUGCUGCACAGAGGAGGGGUCUGCCGGGGGCUCUGCCCUCAGAACACUAUGGAAGGCCCGCCCUCUACCCGCGGACUCCGUGAGAAGAACCU